AGUCUUGCAACCUAUAAUAAUAUAGACGUAAUGAAAGUUCUUGAAGAGCUCAACAUGUUUGGAUUAUUGAUAUUCGGCUUAUUUUAUCUAAAAGUAACUGCAACUAUUUCGAUGCAGGAUGGAAUAGAGAGGACUUGCUACGCAAACAACCCGACUCAAAUCAACGGUACACAGCCACCAAAUACCACAGUCUGCCCUGACAGCUGCUCUUGUCAGUACUGCCGCAGAUACAGCGCACAUUCAGUGUUUUUUCCGCAUGAAGUUGUCUGCACUAAAGUUCAUAAUACUCAUAUUCCUACAGCAUCAAUUCCAGUGGAUGUAAAUGUAUUAGACAUGAAGCAAAAUUAUAUUGCUAGCAUCAGUGCUGAUAGCUUAGCACCUUUUACUCAUUUACAAUAUUUGUAUUUGGAUUACAAUAGCUUACAAUCAACUUAUAUGGAUGAUCAUAUUUUCGAUUCCCAAGUUAACUUGAAGAUCUUGCAUAUGGACUUUAAUCGUGGGUUGAUUAAUAUCCAUAAGGCCUGGUUUCGUAACUUGGUAUCCUUAGAAAAAAUAUACAUCAGGCAUUCUGUUGUCGAAUGA